AUGCAGUCUGAGUGUGCCCCUUCCGCUCAGGCUGAAGCCGACAACUUCAUCUCCUCCUACUCUGUGUGCGGGAUAUACCAAGUCACGCACCUCAUAGGCAGGGGAUCGGACGGAGAUGUCGUGCGCGCUUUCAACAUCAACACGGGGGCUGAAGUUGCUAUCAAGGAUACCGCCCGUUCCAAUUGGGAAGAGACACAAAUGCCUAUCGUGAAAUACGAAGCAAAGGUGCAUGCGCUCAUCCCGGACGGAACCGAGGGCUUUCCGUCUAUCCACUAUGCUGGUAUCGACGCAAACCACUACGCCAUGGUCAUGGACCGGCUCGGCCCCAACCUCAACGCGCUGCGCCGUGUGUGUAGAGGUACAUUCACCCUCCGCACAAUCUGCAUGCUUGCCGAACAGAUGCUCCGAAGAAUACAGUUAUUCCACUCGAGAGGGGUCAUUAGCUGCGACAUCAAGCCGCACAACUUUGCCAUGGGCCGCGGCGGGACCGCGAAGAUCGUCUACAUGUUCGAUUUUGCGCUUGCCCAGCCGUGGGUGCUUGCGAACACCGGAGAACACAUCCCAUUCACCACUGGCAGCCGGCCUAUCGGGACCGUACGAUAUGCAAGUGUUGCAGCUCACCAGUCGCAUUCCGUGUCCCGUGCGGACGACCUGGAGUCGCUGUUAUACACACUACUCGAGUUCUACCAUGGCUCCCUCCCCUGGGAGGCGCUCCCGGCCCCCUCACAUAUGAGGAGGUCUCUUAUCGUGGAGAUGAAGUCCGACCUCUCGCCCACUGGAUUCCUCCCACGACUGCUCGCACGCUCCCCGCCCGAGUUCGCGGCCUACCACGCGCAUCUCACGGGCCUGGCAUACGGCGAAGAGCCGGACUAUGCGCUGCUUCGCGGGCUGUUCCGCGAGCGGAUGCGCAAGGAGGGGUGGGCGUGCGACUGGGUAUAUGACUGGAUGGACGCGUCGGGGCUUGAGAAGGGGACGCUAUUGCCCGAGGAGUACAACGCGUCGAUGCAGUUCGUGGAGGAGGGUGUUUGGAACCCGAACUACAUGUGA